GUGUAUGUGUGUGUGUGUUCGCUCAUUCGCUUGCUCGCUCGCUCGCUUGUCAGCGUCAUGUGCCCAGCAGGGCAGCCCCAGACUGGUUCCCGGCGGCCGUAUUAAGGUCACACACUCACCGUGCAGCCCCACACAGCCCAGCCCAGUCCGGCCCGGCGCGGCGCGCCGCGGCGCAGCGCAGCGCUGCCCAGCCCGGCUCAGCCCAGCUCAGCCCCGAGCGGCGCAUCGCUGCGCAGCGCCCGGCAGCGCGGCUCAGCCCCUGCGAGGAGCCCCGAUCGCUCCCCUCGGCUCGGCUCCGCUUAGCUCGGCUCCGCUGCGCUCUCCUUCCCUGGCCGGCGCCCCGGCGGUGACUCAGAGAAGUUGCUGGCUUUUGAACAGCCCAGAAUUUAUGGAGACGCCUGUGGGGAGCAGCUUUGAAUACUGCCACGCGCAACAUCGCGCCCGCCGGUGAGGAGGCGCCUGCGCCCAGCUGUCACCAUUCAAGGCUCCUGCGAAUGGCUCCCAACGCCCGGCGUCCGCCCGUGGCUGUCCCUGCUGCCUGAGCCCCCUGCUGCUCCCAAGGACUCCCCGUACCCCGAUGGGGUAACGUGACCCAGGACGCCGUCACUGCCCCGAACUUUUCAGUAUCUACAGAGGCCUUCUCUCCCCAGUCGAGUUCAGUUUUACGUUGCUUCUGUUCCUUGGGUUUUUUUUCUUUUUUCUUUUUCUUUUUUUUUUUUAAACUUGGAUCCCUCUGUUCUUUUGGUUGCCCACCCCAAGAGUGGAAGAGGGAAGGCUGAAGUGGCUCCUUGAGCAUCUUUCUGCUGCUGGACGGACUGGGCUGUGUACAGCUGCAUCCCACUGCCCAGACGGGGGCUCACAGAACAGCAGGAUCUAUGGUCUUUGUCCUUGGGGCCCUCUUCUCCCCAUCCUACCCCAUCUAAGUAUUUGGCUUCAAGUUCUGGAGUCUUGGCCUGGUUGUUACGUGUAUAGGAGGGCUUUUUUGGGGGUGGGGGGAGGGGUGUAUUUUUUUUUUUAAGAGUCAGGCUUUUUGGUGAUUUUUUUUUGCUUUUGUUUUUCUUUUUAACAGACUAGAACCCUUGUGACAACCGUAACACGUUCCCAGAAGCCGAUAACAUUUGCACAACAUUUGUGUUGGUUUUGAGGGGUGUUGCUUUUUAACUCUUCUUUUCCCCCCACCCUCAAAAAGCACAGGGCUCUAUUUUUCUCAUCUGGGUGUUUUAUUUUAUUUUAAUUUUUUUUUUGGUGGAGGUAGGGAUCUGACGGGCGCCCUGGUCCCUUUGUACCUCCCCAUCCCUGAUUGCUCCUCUGGUCUUCCCCCCUCCCUGGCCCCUUUCUUACCUUCCUGCUGCCACAAGAGGCCACACCAUGGCUCGGAUGAACCGGCCAGCCCCUGUUGAGGUCUGCUACAAGAACAUGCGGUUCCUCAUAACUCACAAUCCCACCAAUGCCACCUUGAACACCUUCAUUGAGGAUCUAAAGAAGUACGGGGCCACCACCGUGGUUCGGGUAUGCGAGGUAACCUAUGACAAGACGCCGUUGGAGAAGGAUGGUAUCACUGUCAUGGAUUGGCCUUUUGAUGAUGGAGCUCCCCCUCCUGGCAAGAUCGUGGAAGACUGGCUCAACCUGCUGAAAACCAAAUUUUUUGAAGACCCUGGCAGUUGUGUUGCUGUCCACUGCGUGGCUGGCCUGGGGCGGGCUCCUGUCCUCGUCGCACUGGCCCUGAUUGAGAGUGGGAUGAAGUAUGAAGAUGCCAUCCAGUUCAUUCGACAGAAGCGAAGGGGUGCCAUCAACAGCAAACAACUCACGUACCUGGAAAAGUACCGGCCAAAGCAGAGACUCCGAUUCAAGGACCCACACAACCACAAGAAUAAAUGCUGUAUCAUGUAACCUCGGCAGCCUCUCGCCAAAACACACACACAUACACCUGCCCCUACACAGACUGACUCACUCUCUCUCUCUCUCUCUCUCUCUCUCUCUCUCUCUCUCUCUCUCUCUCUCAUAUACAGAGACACAUACACACACUCACAGCCUGCCCCUCACAUGCAGGCUUGGAUGGUUCGAUGGCUGAAGAUUUGGAUAAAAGGGACACUUGACAGAUUUUUGUUCCUCCCCAAGUGAGGUGUUUUCUCCCCUCCUCUUUUGCUUGGUCUCCUUUUUUUUUCUGUCUCUUCUCUGUUGUCUUUGUUCAUAUCUCUUCUCUCAUCUUUGGCUUCUGACCUCUCCUAUAUCUUCUCUAUAACUCUUCCCUCUCCCUCUCCCCCUCCUCCUCCCCCACCCCCUCUCUUUCUCUCCCCACUCUUCCAAGCUUGUUUUCCUUCUGUCUUCUCUCUCGUCUCUUUGUCCCUCUUUCUCUUUCUCUUCUCAAUGUCCUGAUCUCUGUUUCUCUUUCUGUCUCUUUCUCUCUGUCUUUCUCAGUUCCUGCAUUUGUUUCUCUCUGUCUCUACCUCUCCUUCCUCUGAAACUGUUUCUGCAACCAGGGGCAGGAAGCCCAUCCUGCUUCCAGUGGCCCCAGCCUGUCCCUACCCUCUCUGCCUGAGGGACUCAGCCCAGUCUGGCAGCCUGCUUUUGGGGGUGCGCUUUUGUUUUCUUUUGGUUUGGUUGGUUUUUUUAAGUUCACUUUUCACUCCUCCUCCACUCUCUCCCAUCCAGCCCUCCAUCCUACUCCCACCUCAGCCUUUUGUCAUCAUCACCUUUAAAUUAUUGGACUUUUUGAGGCAAACCAUUGUUCCGGAAACCGAAAUGCAAUAAAAGCCUAACCUGUGGCUGGGCUCUCUCUGCAGGAGGGUGAGGAAGCCCAGGCAGUGCCAACCCAACCUGCUCUUGGCUUCCAGGCUGCAUCCCCCUCCCCUACCCCCAUGCCCAUCCCCAAGACCCUAGGAUUGGGAAACCCACUGGGGAGAUGGGCAUGAGGCUAUCCCUACAUGCUGCCUCCCCACUUGGCCUUCUGCCCUUGCUGGGGGCUGGGGGUUGGGGGUGAGUCCCUUGUUGGGUGGGCUUGGGAGUCACUGCCUUCUCCCCGCCCUUCCCUGAGUAUCUCUCAAGUGUUAGCAAGCCAAUGGCUCCCUAAGCAUAAAAGGGUCCAGUCACUGGCAGCACCUUGUGGUUGGGCCUGGGAAUUGCAUCUUGUGAAGAACAGGAUGAUAAAGUGUCAUGGAUGACUAGCUGGAAGGGACCUGGAAGGCCAUCUAGUCCAACCCCUUCAUUUUACAUCUGAGGAAACUAAAGCCCAGGAAAGCACAGUGACUUGUUGGAGGCCACAUACUCCACUUCUGUGCUCUUUUUGCCCGAGGCAAGGGGAACAGUGUACAUUGGAUGAGAGUGCCAUUUAUAGUGGGGAGAUGUAACAAUAAACGGUGGUAGCCCACUCGUAUGUCCAUGUGAAGUACAAGGUGAGGGGGAAGAAAGGAUGCUUCUGUAGAGGGUAAGAGAGGACUUCAGCCAGGAAUUGACCCUUCCUCAAACUAGGUGCUUGCUGCACACUAUUUUGGCCCUUCCCUCUUGUCCUGUGGUGGAAAGAGCUGGGACUUAAAAGACCGGGGUUCUAGGUUCAGCUCUCCCACUGAUUGUGUGACCUUGGGCAAGUAAUUUUCCUGUUCUGGGCUUCCUGUGAAAUGAGAGGGGCUGAACUAUAAAACUCCUGUGGUCUCUUCCAGCUCCAAAAUUUUGCAGUUCCCUCUAGGACCCCUCUAGCUUUCUCACAGCCUAAGAUGCCCUCUCUUGGCCCAGAAUUAUCUUGGAAGAAGGAUUCGGUUUCCAGGCCUGGCCACAGGUUCACAUGAAUGAAUGGGCCCUAAGGUGCCUAGGCAAGAGGCAGAUGGAGUUGGUGGUUUUGUCUGAAGCCUUCUGAGAAACUUGGGGAUGGGGUGGCUGUGCCAGACUUGACCCUGGGAUGCUUUCAGUGCCUUGCACACAGUAGGUGAUUAAUAAAUAUUUGUUGAAUUGAA